CUAUGUGGUUUAACGACGACAGUUAUUUAUUUAUUUAUUUGUCAAAUUCUAAAUGGAAAUGGGAUUCGCUUUACUCCCCAAAUGGCUUAGAAACACUGUCUUUUAUAUUUGAUAGGCCCCGUCAAUAUUUGUGACUUCUCCGGUACAAUCAAAUGUAAACGUUGACAAGCAUUGCUUAUUUCAUGUGUGUUUUGCGCCCGCAGCUGUGCGGAAGAAACCGUGACGUCCGACUGACGUCACGCGAGAACGCACAGGAGUGGAGUGGUUGAACAACGUUAGCGACCGUUAUACGCGGUGACAUUGGGCAAUCGAGGCGCUAAGGGCCACAUUGGGGUUGCACGCACCUACCAAGUUCUGCGACAGAAGGACUACAAAAGGAAAGGAAAGAUGUAGAUUGGUUUCAAAAGCUCCCUGGAACACUCUACAGGCUAUGAAUUCCCCUGAGUAUGGGGAAGCUUCAGAUGAAAAAAUGCUUGUAAAAGAACACAAGCAUGGGAAAAAAGACAAGACUGAGGACUUUGCUUGUUGUGAGGCACCUGGUGAGCAUGGAGGAGGAUCUCCUGGGACCCACGAGGCUGGUAAACGAACUUCUUCCGAAAUGGAACCAGACUUCAAGCAGCUGUCAAGCGGCAAGAGAGUCAAAGUUGCACGAGAGAUGAGGCAGCAGUUGGCAGAUGAGAGCAGCAGACAUGAGCCUCUGUGUCUCAGCACAAGCGGAGAGACAAGGGAAAACCUCCAUGGCAAAUCCAGAAUUUCUUACAGGAAGCCUCUCUUCAGUAUCUCCCACAGAAUCUUAGAGAAGAAGAACACUCCAAAUCUAGAGCAGCAAGCAGGUCAAUGUCCUGGAAAUCCGCUGAACUACAGCAGCCUCUUCUCCUCCACUCUCCUAAGUUCCCAGGAAAAUGGCUUUUCUGAGGCUUUUCCAAGCGUGGACAAUUCAGGCCAAGCGUGGUCAGAGGACUCAAACAUUUACCCUUUAAUUGAAAAAAUGUUUUUCAUUCUCAAUAGCCUCAGUUCCAGCAUGACUCAACUGCACAGCAAAGUGGACCUGUUAAGUCUGGAAGUCAUGCGAAUUAAAAAGCAGAUCAAACCAGCGGAGAUGGUGGCAGAAUUCCAGCCUCCUCCUGAGUAUCUGCUCACAAGUGAGGAGUUGAACCCUCUCAUGGAGCAGACAUCCAGUGCUGGAGAGCUGGGGUGUCGUUUACUCGUGCAUCUCUUCCCUGAGCUGUUCAAAGCCAAGGACUGCUCCCAUGAAUGCAUGGCAAGCAAAAGAUCCCUGGAGUCUUUACAUUUGCAGCUGAUCCGCAACUACAUAGAGGGAAGCUAUCCCUCAGUCAAGAACAACAGUGUUUGGAAGGGAGAGUGCCUCCCUCAGAUUAAUGACUUCUUUAAUCGCUUCUGGGCCCAGAGAGACAUGGAGAGCGCUCGACUGCUCAAGAAGCAGACAAUGGUGGGAGACGGAAUAAAAGCAGAGCGUUCUCCAACCUAUCAUUUCAUAAAUGAGCAGGGUCAGGAGGAGCACCUCUCUCAAGACAACCAGCAGGGCAGCUUGGUUGGAAUCUUCAACAAUCAAGCCACAGAGGAGCUGGACGAGCUCUCCUCCCCGGAAGACUUUGUCAUUUUCCUCAUGCAUCGACUAUUCCCUGAGCUUUUUGAAGAAGGUAAUAAAGUGCCAGAGGGCUCAAACUGUUUAAACAGUGUGGGUCAGCUGAUUCUAGACUCGGACAGGAUGGAAAUCAUCAAAAAGUAUAUGGAAACAAAUUUUCCAAACGUGCCUGAGGAGAGCUGGCUUCAGGUGUGCAUUCAGCAUCUGGAGGAUGCACUUGAUAGUCCUCACAGCAAUGGCAAUGGAAGUGAACCUGAAAACAUAAAUGAUGAAAGCUUUGACCCGGUGAGCAUGUUCGAGGACGUUUCUGUCCUGAGGAUUCCAGAGAUGUGUGAUGAUGAAAGGCCCUCGCGCAAGUCCAAAAAGUCACUGCUAUCCCCUAUAGAUUUUGACAAUCUAGAGAUGCCCAUACCAGACUUUACUGUUCCCCAUGAGUUUCUCUUGUCCAAAGAGCAGUUGAAGUAUAACUAUGAAUGUAGUUUGUCCAUAGGGAACUUUGCAUCCCGGCUGCUGGUGCUCAUGUUCCCUGAGCUCUUCACCCAUGAGAACACCCGGAAGCUGUACAACUGCAGCGGUUCGCUCGGGAAAAAGCAGCUGGAUCCCUUACGUGUGAACCUGAUCCGCCAUUAUGUGCAGUUAGUCUACCCACGGGCCAGGAAUGACCGAGUGUGGAUGCUGGAGUUUGUGGGCAAACUUGAUGAGAGGUGCCGGAGACGCGACACGGAGCAGCGGAGAUCCUACUUGCAGCAUCGCAAAGUGUAUGGUCACGAUGCAGAGCCAGACUUUUUCCUGAACCAGAUCCACCCGGACGGCCUGAAGGAGGAGCCGGAAAUUCCCACGUUACCUCCUGAGAAAAGCAGUAAAGACUUUUGCAAAAUUCCUCUGGAUGAACUGAUCGUUUCCAAACCUGACUUCCCAGUUCCGCCAGCUUACCUGCUCUCAGACAUGGAGGUUCGUGAAAUAGUCCAGCAGAGUCUCUCCGUUGGCAACUUUGCUGCCCGACUGUUGGUGCGCCUCUUCCCGGAGCUCUUCACGCAGGAGAACCUGCGGUUGCAGUACAACCAUUCAGGGGCCUGCAACAAGAAGCAGCUGGACCCUGCACGCCUCAGACUGAUCCGUCACUACGUGGAAACGGUGUACCCUGUGGAGAAAAUGGAGGAAGUGUGGCACUACGAGUGCGUGCCAAGCAUCGAUGAACGCUGUAGGCGCCCCAAUCGGAAGAAGUGUGACAUUCUGAAGAAGGCCAAGAGGUCAAAUUCUGUGUUGUAGUGGCAGCCCUCCCUAGAUACACACACACACACGUCAUUUUUGCACAGCAUAUAAGCUUAACUUUACAAACCUGUCCUUUUUAGGAUGAAGCCAACAACCCAUCACGUUUCUUCUACACAACUACUUGUCCCACUUAACCUUUAGGCAACAGCCCUAGAUGUAUGACUUAUACUAGUCUUGUUGGAUAAACACUUUCAAAAGCCUCCUUUAAAAAGCCAAAACUGUCCUAGCUUAUCUAACAUUGUUGGAGCCCUCGAAAAUAAUGAUAGUUCAGUGCAUACUUUUCUAUAUGAGCAGAAAUUGUUUCACCUGUUUUAAUAACAUGCUUAUAUUAAGCCUUGUUAUAGCGGUUUAUAUUGUAGAAAAUUUAACUUGACAGUGGUUGAGCACUUAUUUCUAAUAAAAUCACAUGACAUUU